CGCAAGGAAUGCUGGGACAAAAGGGAGAGAAAGGAAAUGAAGGGCCUCGUGGAAAGAGCGGACCACCAGGAAUAAUGGGAAUAAAAGGAGCGCGCGGAACUGUGGGCGAUCAAGGAAUAAAAGGCGAUAAGGGAGAGAAAGGAGAAAGCGUGACAAGUCCUUCUAGUGCAGUGCCGCAAACCAACUGGAAACAAUGUGUGUGGAAAAAUCUGAAUGAUGAGCGAGAUAGCGGUAAGAUCAAGGACUGCUCGUUUAAUAAGUCGCAGUCUGAUACAGCGAUCAAAGUCUCAUUCCAGGGAAAUAUGAGAGUCUAUGGUUCUUCUAGUAAGUGUAACCGGUGGUUCUUCAAGUUUAAUGGUAACGAAUGCAGUGGACCAAUGACAAUCGAAGCUGUUGUGUACAACAGUUGGCCAUCUGGGAGUCCCGAGCUGCUUCAUCAUCGAUCAUUUGAGGGAUACUGUGAAAACAUUACACAAGGCACGGUUAGUGUGGAAUUGUGGGUAGGAUCUUGUCCUAGUGGCGAUACUUUGGGUAACGCUUACACUGGAUGGGAAUCAGUGUCCCGGAUAAUGAUCGAGGAAGUAUCUAGGCCCCAGUCUUAAUUAAUCAGUUCUCAUUAUCGAGAUUGUCGCUACUUAAGCUCAUGCUUAUUAAAAGUUAUUGUAGUCAGAACUGAAAUUUUUGUGUUUUUUAAAUGAAACUGUUUUAGUCGUAGGAAUGGGUAAAAAUUAGGCCAUAAAUGUGAUCAGUGUAGCAUAAACAUUUCCUAAAUUAGAAAACCAACAACAAUUCACGAAAUGCAUGUAAUCUACGUUGCACGUGCACUUUACAUAUUUUAAAUGAUGGGAAACUAAUUUUAUUACAUAGUACUUGCAUGUAAUACCAUUAAAAUAAAUUCUAAAUUGAGCAAGUCAAAUGCUUGUUCCAAAAACUCGGUAUGAUGACUACUUUAUAGAUUGUAGUGGCAUUGCACUGAGACUAAACAGUGUUUUUUCUCAACGUUCCAUGUUACCGUAUGAUUACUCAUAUACAAAUUUCCAUAUGUUAAGUUAAGUUAAGCAAGUGAUGCGAAAAAUAUUUGAAGGAUAAUAAACACGAUAACCUUCAUUUGGCGUGAAAUAUGCUGGGAUAUCUGUCCUUGGACAUUAUCUAUUCCUCAAUGCUUUCAGUUUUCCUCAAGCUACGCUCUCGGAACAGAUAAUGUCCGCGGACAAAUAUCCUAGCAUGUUUCCGCGCAAAGUGGAGGCUACAGUUUAUUUAGAGCGGUUUUGAAUUGAGUGUCGUUAAACCAAAACCAAAGUUAUAAAGCCAGCCAAUCA